AUGAUCCACGUUACCCGUUCAUUCCUACUAAGCGACUUCACCGAUCUCAGCCGCAGACCACGAGACCCAACAGCAAUGAUCAGCAUAUACGUCCAAAAAUGUAUCCAAGCAGCUGAAGACACCAUGACUCUAAUAGACAGCCUAGCCCAACAAAAAGUAUUCAUCCAAUCUUUCUGGUUCACGCACUACGUAUGUUUCUGCGCCAUCCUAGUCGUCUACAUCUAUAUAAUUCAACAACACCGCCAAUCUGCAGCCCCGAGCCCUUCUGCCGGAAGUCCUGCAGAUACGAAUAAAAUGCACUACCUCUUCGGCCUGGCUGAGACAUGUCAGCAGCAUCUUGCCGAGGCAACGCGGAAAAACUGCCCGAGUCGACGAUACAGUAUCAUUCUUGAGGAACUUAGACGCGAGGUUCAUCGGCAGAUCGGCUCGGAUUACCAGUGUAGUCCUGCUCAGACAUGCUCUGAGUCCGAGCGCCCUCGGUUACUUGAUCCAGGGACUACAACUCUCAAUGGGACUGGUCAGCCAGUCAAUUUUGAUGCACAGAGUCUUGACUUUGCAAGUAUGCCUGCUAUGCUGCAACCACCUGAACUCGGGAUUAACCCUAUAGAGGACGCAGGGCUGAUAGAUAGUCUCGAGGCGUCUUUUUGGUGGGCACAACUUGACUCAUGGGCUCUCUCAAAUUUCCCCAGCGAUCCAUCUGGAUUCAAUUUCUAG